GCUGGGAGUGCUUUGGUUCGAUUGAUGAUCGAGUGUGUGAUUGUUAGGGCAACGGGAUGUGGCUCAGAGGAACGCAAUGUGCAAAUCAGUACGAGCUGGAAACUCUAAUUUUGAAAUAGAAAAACACAUGAGUUUCCCAUCCAUCGGCUUGGUGACGAAUGUUGCGAAUCAGCGACUUAUUAUCAGAGGCAAGAGGCGUUUCUUGGCUAUUGAUAGGAGCCCCGUCUCGGCUGCCUUACGAGCUGUAAUUCAUAGAAGUGUAACGCUAUCACGUUCAGUCUUGCACUUGACGCGUCGCGAAUCGGACCACCUCACCCACCUGAAUUGAUAACCGAAAGCAGUGGUUUCGGAUUUUUUUUAAAUUGGUUGCAACUGUGUUUCUUGCUCUGCUAGAGAAGCCGAGAAAGGAAAAUGAGCCUCGAACCUUUUGAUAUUGAUACGUCCGAACCGACGCCGGAACUGUUGGAAGCUGCUCAUCGGGAGUUGCGCGAGACUCCGGAACUGAGAGCUGCGGCGAUUGAGGAACUUCGGCGGUUGCUGCAUAACGCAACCGACCUGCACUAUCGCGAUGAUGACGACUUUUUGUUGAUUUUCCUCAGACCGUGCCAUUUCUAUCCGGAAAGUGCGUUGAAAAUGAUGCGACGCAUUGCCGAUUUCAAGAAGACCAACCACCCCCUCAUGCACAAUCUGUUCCCGAUAGAUGAGAAAAUUUCCUUCACCGACCACCAAAUCGUCAACGUGCUGACCAACAAGGAUCACAAAGGGCGCCGGGUGCUGAUUAUGAACUGCGGCAAAGCGUGGGAUCCGAAGCAGGUCAACGCCGAGAAAAUGUUCCGACUAUUCUUCCUGGUCCACUUGGUCGCCCAGCUGGAACCGUCCACACAGAUCAACGGCGUUGUCAUUAUCAUGGACUUUGAUGGACUCUCGCUGAAGCAGGUCCGCGCUCUCUCGCCAUCGUUCUCGAAACUCCUCCUCACGUUUAUCCAGGAGGCGGUCCCACUUCGCAUGAAGGAGGUCCACAUCAUUAAGCAGCCAUACGUUUUCAACAUGGUGUGGGCACUUUUCAAGCCAUUCAUCGGCGAGAAAUUGAGGAAACGACUCGAAUUCCACGGGAGUGAUAUGAAGAAGCUGCACAAAUACAUCAGCCCGGACUGCCUGCCCAAGAAUUACGGAGGAACUUUGCCGGCGAUCAAUUAUGGGUCCACCGAUUGGUAUCCGUGUAUUGAAAAAUACGUUGACCACAUUGCCAAGUGGAACACCUACGGCUACGCAAAUAGUCCCUAAGAUAUUACGUGAAGUGUUAAUAAUUCCACUACUCCGUUGACGGCAUAGGCUGGAAGCGAAACUUGCCUUAGGUGAUAUUAGUUCAAUUGUUGAAGUUUUCUUUAGUGCGUAUAACAGAGGUGGAAUGGAAGCAGUAGACGUUUGACAGCUGCAAGACAUUUAAACUGCAAAUACUUUUAUCUACACUUUUCAAAGCAAUCGAAUGUACUUCAGUAGCAUUUGAUGUCGACUGAUAAUCGUUUGACGUCAAAAAUGCAUUGCAGUUAUCAACUAGCUGAUAUAACAAAAAACCAAAGUGAGGAAUGUGUUGUUGUCUACUUAGAGUGUUGAACCUGCUUUCUAGGAAUAAUUUGGUUUCUAUAGCUAAGAUAUUAUUUAUUUGUUAAGUGUUCCUGAUAAGAGUAAUAUAGUCUGAGAAGAUUAGAAGCAAACUUUUAUAAAUUUACGUCAAAUAAAAGUUAUGUAUAUCAAA